CCCCAGCGCCGCCGCCGCCGCUUCCACAAGAUGGCGGGGACCGUAGCUGAGCGGGACGCGCUGAAAAUAGAGGACGGGCAUUUAAACAACUCCCUGGGAUCCCCGGUGCAAACUGAUGUGUACUUCCCUCGCCUGAUCGUCCCCUUCUGUGGGCACAUCAAAGGAGGAAUGAGGCCGGGAAAGAAGAUCUUAGUUAUGGGCAUAGUGGACCUCAACCCCGAGAGCUUUGGCAUCAGUCUAACUUGCGGGGAGUCGGAAGAUCCUCCUGCAGAUGUAGCUAUUGAACUGAAAGCCGUGUUUACAGACAGACAGUUUGUCAGAAACUCUUGUGUAGCCGGAGAAUGGGGGGAAGAGCAAUCAUCUAUUCCUUACUUUCCGUUUAUACCGGACCAGCCUUUUAGGGUUGAGAUACUUUGCGAGCAUCCCCGUUUUAGAAUAUUUGUGGAUGGACAUCAGCUCUUUGAUUUUUACCACCGUAUUGAAACACUGUCAGCAAUUGACACGAUAAAGAUAAAUGGAGAUCUUCAGCUUACAAAACUUGGCUGAGCUUGUUAGGACUGCAGAUUCCAAACCGGCUCAGGUGCCAUCGUCCGUUGGGAGAAGUGACAGCCGGCUCUGGACACAGCUAUGGUAGGAAGGCUGCCCCGUUCCUUUUCCGCAUGCAGUUCUUCACUCCUGUGCCGAUGAACCGGGCUGUUGUUUAUCCUAAUGAAGAACACUGUUGGUUAAUAGACAUUGAGCCGUUUUUCUUGGAUCAAAAUAGCCCACCUGUGCUGGAUAAUCAUAUUGGAAUGGAUUCAGAAAGACUUGCAGUCUUGUUUCAAAUCUCACAGAAAGGCAAUUUCUGAAAUGCAGCGCUAAAACUGGUUACUGAACAGCAGUGACAACAAAAAAAAGUUUUUCUUUUGCAAAUAUUGUUUCUGCACUGAAGUGGAGUAGUGUAGCACAACAUAGGGCCACGUGCUGACGUCCUUACCCGGGGCCUGAGCCUGGUUCCAUGGAAAUCAAUGGCAAAACUCCCACUCACUUUAUCGGGGUACAAUCAAACUGUCUAGUCCUUAGUCAAGCACAAUUCCCGCUGAUUUCUAUGGGAUUUUUGCACACGCCUGGGGGCCAGCUCUUCCGCUGGUGUAAAUCAGCAUUACCUCCAUGGCUUGCAAUGGAAUUUUGCUCAUUGCUCCCAGCCGCUGAUUUGGCCCAAGGACUGUGCAAAAACUGAAUGAGGGUGUGAGGACACAGCCUGUAUAUUUUAGUCAGGGUAUUUGCAUAGAAUGUAGAUCGUUACGAGUUUUUGCACAAUGUAUUGUUAAUACAAUUUUUAAAGCUUA